AUGCCGCCCCAAGUGUCGGAUCAGCCUGCGAAGAAGCAAAGCAAGUGGUCACCCGAGGAGGAUACUCUCAUCAUUGAGUUGCGGGGCCGGGGGAUGAAAUGGGAGGAUAUCUCGAAACAAUUACCAGGAAGAAGUGCCAUCAGUUGCCGGCUUCACUAUCAGAACUACUUGGAACGACGCAGCGAAUGGAGCGAGGAGCGCAAGGAUAAGCUUGCACAACUUUACGAAAGAUUUAAAGCAGACAUGUGGGCUAAGGUUGCCGAAGAACUGGCUGUCCCUUGGCGUGCCGCUGAAGCGAUGCAUUGGCAACUUGGCGAGACAGAUAUGGCGAGGCGGGCGGGUGUGGUGCCUUUCUCUUUGGCAGCCGUCAACGCCGAGGCUAACGCGAACGCUCGUCGAAACUCCCCUUCCCGAGGUCACUACACCCAUCCCCAUGGAGGCAUGCACGGCGAUACAGGAGCACCGAACCGAAACUUGUAUGGCCGAAGCCCGCAAACAGUGUCAGGACGGCCCAGGGCUCAUACUGUUGGAUCACGUCGCGAACCCCUUACGCCACAGCAACGACCAAUGGUGGAGGAGCAACCGGAGAUGGGCUAUGCUCAAGUGCCAAUGUUGGCACCCAUCCAAUCUCAAGCCUUCCCUGCCAAGGGGCGUUCGCUGCCCAGCAUCUCGGAAUUGACGACCGGCAUUACUCCAUACAGUGGAGCGCCGGGGCCUGGUCAAGGGAUUGGAAUUCCAAACUCGAUGCCUCUUCAUCAUCCCACCUUUGUGCCCGCUGGAGUCGGGUACGCCGUGCAUGAACCUCUGGGAUCAAAACGGCCAGCCAGUCCCGAUCCUAACCUUCGAGAUGCUCACCAUAGACGACGAAUGGAAUAA